UUUUUUUUUCAGGAUUUUGCUGAUAUAUCUUCCUUCUCUGGUUUCUCUUCACUUUUUACAAGAUGUAUUUGGUGCAGAGCAAAGUGGGUGCCAUUGCCUGCAUGAUGCUUUCUCUCUUCUUGUUGGGCACUUGGCCUGCUUUUAUGACCUUAUUAGAGAGAAGAGGUCGGCUUCCUCAACACACUUACCUGGAUUUUUCCAUCACAAAUCUCUUAGCUGCUGUCCUCAUUGCUUUCACCUUUGGUCAGAUUGGUCCCAGCACACCAGACAUGCCAAAUUUCGUUACUCAGCUUUCUCAAGUGAACUGGCAAUGUGUUUUGUUAGCAAUGGUUGGUGGGAUAUUCCUCAGCAUUGGGAACCUCUCUAAACAAUAUUCUUGGGCUUUUGUUGGUCUUCCAGUGACAGAGGUAAUCGCUGCAAGCAUAACUGUUGUGAUAGGCACAACUUUGAAUUACUUCUUAGACAAUCGGAUUAACAAUGCUGCAAUUCUUUUUCCGGGUGUUGGCUGCUUCCUCAUUGCGGUUUUCCUAGGGUCUGCAGUUCACUUUUCCAAUUCAACCGAUAACAAAGCAAAGCUUCAUAAAAUUUCAGAUGGUUACAAGGAUGGAACAGGGACCGACAAAGAGUUCAAAGAACCUGCACUGAACAAUGGGGACAUGGAGAAUGGAAAUGUUGGUGUCAAUAAGCCCAAAGCUGGGACUGCAGACUAUCUCAUAGAGCUUGAAAACAAAAGAUCAAUCAAGGUUAUUGGAAAGAGUAUUUUGAUUGGUUAUGGCAUAACAUUCUUUGCUGGAGGUUGCUUAUCCCUCUUCUCACCAGCAUUUAAUUUGGCAACAAAUGACCAAUGGCACUUAAUGAAAGCCGGGGUUCCUCAUUUGGUUGUCUACACUGCAUUUUUCUACUUCUCAAUCUCUGGUUUCAUCAUUGCUAUCAUUCUAAAUAUCAGCUUCCUAUACCACCCCAUACUAAACUUACCCAGAACCACAUUCAAGGCUUAUCUGAAUGAUUGGAAUGGUAGACCAUGGGCCUUAUUCGCUGGGAUUCUGUGUGGGUUUGGGAAUGGUUUACAAUUCAUGGGAGGUCAAGCUGCAGGAUACGCCGCUGCUGAUGCUGUUCAGGCACUUCCUCUAGUGAGCACUUUUUGGGGAAUACUUCUGUUCGGAGAAUAUCGAAAGUCGUCCAAGAGAACAUAUAUCUUGCUAGUGAGCAUGUUAGCUAUGUUUAUUGCGUCUGUAGCAUUGCUCAUGGCAUCAUCUGGGCAAAGGAGUACCUGAAAAUGUGAGACCCAGAAUCAUAGCCCAUGGAAAAAAAUC